AUGGUAGCCAAGAAAAUUAGCUUUAUCAGCAUUUAGCUUUAUCCUUUUAGAUUAUCUGUAUUUGAGGCUAUGUAAUGUUUAACAGAGGAAAACAACAGCGUGAGUAAAGCAACAAGAAAGCACAAUCCAUGCAAGUGCAGGACUCUUCUGAAUGCAAUUAGUUGAAAAGAACGAUGAAGGCCUUCCUCCUGCUAUGCUUGCUGUUGGCCAUACUUUACCCUGCAGUCCCCAGCAUGAGACAGCAUGACGACCACUAUGAUGAGCCUGAGGCAACUCACCUCCACAAGCAGCAUCCUCAUGAGAAAGAAUCUCUUGCAUUCUGCCAGCAUAUAAUCCCCAGCAACACAGACUUUGCCUUCAGGUUUUACAGGCAAGCAACUGUCCAAGCACCUGGCAAGAAUAUUUUCUUCUCCCCAGUCAGUGUCUCUGCUGCCUUUGCCCUGCUGGCCCUGGGUGCCAGAGCCACAACCCAGGCUCAGCUGCUGGAGGGGCUGGCCUUUAAUCUCACCAACAGCAGGGAGGAGGAGAUACACCACGGCUUUCAUCAUCUCCUCCUCUUACUGAACCGUCCUGGCAGCCAGGUGGAGCUGAGCAUGGGAAAUACCUUAUUCAUGGACAAACACCUGAAGCCACUGAAAACAUUUCUGAAGGACAUCAAAAACCUGUACAAGGCAAAAAUUAUUUCUAGUAACUUUCAGAAUUCUACUGAGGCUAGAAAAGAGAUCAAUGACCAUAUAAAAAACAAAACCCAUGGGAAGAUAAAUGAAAUACUUAAAGACCUCAAUCCAAACUCUUUAAUGGUACUCGUUAACUAUAUUUAUUUCAAAGCCUACUGGGAAAAUCCUUUCAAUAUGAAGGGGACUCACAAGGAUUAUUUCUAUGUGAAUGCAAAGACUUUUGUUGAAGUGAAGAUGAUGAUUCGAGAUAGCUUUUAUGAAAUAUAUUCUGACAAGAAGCUGUCUUGCAAGGUGGUGAAGAUUCCUUACAAGGGAAAUGUUUCGGCAUUGUUUAUCCUGCCCAAUGAAGGAAAAAUGAAAUGGCUGGAGGAUGGCCUGAUGAAAGACACAGUGUCUAAAUGGGAAAAAUCACUUGAAAGACGGAGGAUGGAAGUGCAUAUUCCAAAAGUAUCCAUUUCUGGCACCUAUGACUUAAAGAAGAUGGUCAUGAAUCUGGGUGUAACAGAUGUGUUUUCUGAUCAGGCUAAUCUGUCUGGAAUCACAGGAAAGUCCGAUCUGAAGGUUUCAAGAGCUAUUCACAAGGCUCUGCUGAAUAUUCAUGAGAAUGGCACAGAGGCUGCAGCAGUCACUGGCACAGAGUUUGCUCCUCAUUCUGUUCCUCCUGUUAUAAAGUUCAACCGUCCAUUUUUGCUGUUGAUUGUUGAUCAAUACACUCAAACCAGUGGCCACAAGCAGAACAAGAAAACCAUACACCUCAGGAGCAGCAUCCACUUAGAGGAGAACCUUUUAGUUCCUAAUGAGAGAUUAUUCCCAGCAAUGCAGACUGCCUUCAAAUUCUACAGAAAAAACAAAGAAAUUCAAGACUUCGAUUGAGUUUGAAAACCAUAUUUUGGUCCUGCAGAGUUUAUCUACGAUUGCUUUCUUUUUCUCACUUCUGAUGCUAAUAAUAUUGGGGAAAAAAAAGUUUCUCAACUAGUUUUGAAAAGCCUUGGCACUAUCCAGAGGAUCUACAAUCUCUGUGUCUUUACAUGGGAAGUUUGUGGAUAACACAUCUGUAAAACCUGAGAUGAAUUCUCACUGUGGGAUAUCCAUCUUGAACAUCAGAAUGCUGGCAGAUUGCCUUCAGUUGAAUUCACAUCAGGACUUAAAUAAAUGUGUGCUCUUGAAAACACUAGGACAUUAGGCAGAAUAUUGUUUACAAUAUUGUUUUCAACAAAAUGAUGAACAUGAUCAUCUGAAGUGAAACUUCUGUUGUGAGAAAUAGAAUCACACUCCGGUAAUAAAAUAACCUUAUUUACAUCUGAGAUUCAACGCAGAAGAAAAUAAUAGUGUUAUUUGAUUUUGUUUGUAUGACUUUUAUCUAGCAAACUAUGAGUUCAUGUGAAAUUUUAGUUCUGAGAUUCCUAUUGACUUAGUCAAAGAGGUAGAAAACAAAGAAGAAGAGGUCUGCUUUGUAUUCUCCGUUCUGUCACUAACUUUCUCCUUGGCCUUCAGCUUUUUUUUUUCCUUCUGUCAGUCAUGUUGUUUUG